GGCCGGGGCGACGCGUGCAUCCCCAACAGCGCCCGGCGCGAUGAAGCGGGACGCGCAGAGCACCCAGGAGUACCCGGGCCGGCCCGAGGGGCCGGAGCAUCCCGAGGCACCUUCCAACCCAGAGCCGGCCGCGGAGCUCAAGCCGCGGUUGUGGAUCUUCGGGUACGGCUCGCUGGUGUGGAGGCCGGGCUUCGAGUUCACGUCGCGGAAGGUGGGCUUCAUCCGCGGCUACAGCCGGCGCUUCUGGCAGGGGGACACCUUCCAUCGCGGCAGCGAGCGGGCGCCCGGCCGGGUGGUGACGCUGCUGGAGGAUUGCGGGGCGUGCACGUGGGGCGUCGCCUACGAGGUGUGCGGGGAGCAGCAGGUGGCCGCCUCGCUGCAGUACCUGAACGUGCGCGAAGCCGUGCUGGGAGGAUACGACACCAAGCUGGUCAGCUUCCACCCGCAGGACAAGGAGGCGGGGGAGCCCAUCCAGGCCCUCGUGUACAUCGCCACGCCGCAGAACCCCUCCUACCUCGGCCCGGCGUCCGAAGAAGACAUCGCGGCGCAGAUCAUCGUCUCGAGCGGCUGUGCGGGUCACAACGUGGAGUACCUGCUGCGCCUGGCGGACUUCAUGCGCUACUUCUGCCCGCAGGUGGAGGACAAGCACCUGUUCUCCAUCGAAGAGGCCCUCAUUGCCCUCCUGCCCUGCCUGUGCCACUCGAAGAAAGCCCUGGAGGAAGCGCCCGGGGUCCCGCAGAAGGCUGAGAGGGAGAACUUCUUGCAGGGCUCCAGUAGGAGGGACGAAACAGUCGGGACGGCCUGAGCUCUGACAGAACUACACAGGGCUGAGUGGAUGCAAGGAAAAGGGGUGGGAGAAAGGGAGGGGGCAAAGGGGCUGCACGGUUCCUGAUACACUGUUACCUGUAGCACCUGCAGCCCAUUGCUGCUUUCCAGAUGGGCAGCGGGGAUCUGACCAGAGCUGUGCCCUCAGGCUUGGUUUUGGGGGUGAGAGCUGAAGCUGUGUGCUUCCUCAGGAGGGGAAAGAGGCUCAUCUGUGCACUUCUUUUAUUCCUUAUUUUUUCCAAAGACUGGUUGAGCAGGACUCGACUGGGUUUUAGCAGUAUCUUUGUGUUCUACCUCAGGCUGGCCAAAGCUGUUGCAUGGUGGUAGAGCUUGGGCAUGCUCUGCCAAACAACCUUUUUUUCCCCUUCCCGUGUCUCACCUCCAGUGCAAUACAAAGUGAAUGUGCCUCUGUGGGUCCUGCCUCCUGGUGUUGCAAAGGAUCACACUAGUGCACUUAACUUUUUUAAACUGUUAUGUUGUAUUUAUUAUGUGUUGUGUGUCUCCUCCUUAAGAGAGGUGUCAAGCUGCUUAUGUGCCACUGUGGGAUGCAGCCCAUGCUCACCUUUGCAUUGGUGCCUUCUUGCUUUAGCUCAGUUUCCUGAAGCACUGAACCUGUGCCAGUGACUGCAGCCUUGCUCUAGGCUUCACUGACCUUGUGCUGCUGCAGGCUCAGCUGAUGCUGUAAGAAAUGGGAAAGCUGUCUGACGCAGCAGCACUUUAACCUGCCUCGUACUGGAUUGCCCUCUGGCAACGGGUAAUAUGGGCCUUUGGAGAAGAACCUGAGAGUUCCAGCUUUGUACCCAGAACUAUGCUUGGUAGAUUUGUACUUAACUGUGAAGGACCACUGCUGAACAUAAUGCAAUCCUGGAUCCUGCUGUGUCAGUAGAAGCAGAGGUACUGCUGCAAGCUCGGGCUUCUCAGCUUCACAUAUUAACAGCAUGAAAACCUAUAGUAUUUGGAAAGGAAACUGCUGCUACUGCAACUGGCAAAAGAACUCCUGAGGGCUGAGUGCAAGGACACUUGACUCCUCCCAAACAUUGCUCUUUUAUAAAAAAUAAAUAAAAAAUAGGGAAUAUUUCCAUUAC